UCGACGGCGUCGCGAAAUAUAUUUAUCGACUACUUUAGUUUCGAAACGUUGCCAAAUGUCCGUUCCGAAUACGCAAUCUACUAAAACGAUUAUAGAAUUAACUUAAGACGGGUAAAAAUUGAAAAUACCCACGUGGGUAAAUAGACAAAGAUACAAAGAAUUUGAUUAAUUCAAUUUUCAAACUACGAAAUUCCAUAGAAAACAAUAAAUUUUAAUAUAUUUAAAUCGUUGCGGAUAGUAUUGAAGUUUGAAGAAUUAUUAGAAGUAUUGGCAACGCCGCGAGGAUUGUUCCGAGUACGCAACGCGAUGACGUUUUAUAGAUAUAAAGUGUAGUGGUGUUUAAAGGGAGAAGUGACAUGUAAAAUAUUUAGAAAAUUAGCGUGUAGAAUCACGCCUAUAUAUUCCGAUCCAAUAUAAAUAUAAUCUUUAAUAGAACAAACUUAUUUUUCAUCCAAAAAGUCAAUUAUUUAACAGUGCAUAAGUCUAUGAUAUUUUGACUAACGUUUCAAGUGCCUUUGUCUGCUUUUUUAAUCUCAAGAUAUGUACUAAAAGAACGCACACGAUGUUAAUUACUGAAACGAAUAAUGGCCGCGUUUGAAACUACCGGAAAUAACCUAAAUAAUAAAAGAACCAAAACUGAUAUAGAUAAAUUACAAUUUUUUUAACGGAUUUAAUCAUUUUAAAGUAUAUCGAGAAAUACGAGGGAUUUAAAAUUAAAGAAUAUUCAGUGCUUCCUCAGGGAGGUCGCCAUCAAACUGAAGAAACACAAGCAGGAAUACGAUCUCCUCAUUGUCGAUUACGAACCCGCUCUGAUGGAGAAUUCCGACGCCGAUGACGAAACGGGUUGGAAUUGUAGCGUCCAUCCAAGCGUAUUCUUUCUACUAGGAACUUUAGUAUUGACAACGUGCGCUACCGGAAUGCUUUGCGCCGCCAUAAUGACCGAUCAUUGGGAGGAGGUCACGUGGGAUAAAACGAAUUUGGAUACGUUGGCCAACAAAACGGUUACCGUUCAUUGGUUACUUGAUAAAACUGUAGCCAGAAUAGCUACAAACGACAGGGAUAGAACUAUAGCUUUUUUGGUACCGAUGCACGGGGGCAUUUGGACUUUAUGCGUCAGUUUAACCGAGGAGGAAAUCGGUUUACUGGGUAGAGUCGGUUUUCCGGCGGUAAAAUCGUGCGUGAAUUAUUUAUCCGGCGGUAUAGAUGGCGUUAGAGGUUAUGAAUCGCGAGCCGAUUGGCAACACAGGAUGCAAAAUUUAUCUAUAUCGUGUGCGCUAGUAUGUUUGAUAGUGCUAGGUAGCGCAGCGCUGGUGGGAGCUUUCGGGGUCUUCCAACAUCAAAUAAGUGCCGUGUUAGUUACGGGAGUCAUGUACUUGCUAGCAGCAUCGUUUGCUCUUUUCACAUUGACCAUUAUCCACUUCAAGAGGCUCCACAAUCGGCCUCAUAUGGAAGAGUCCGAAGGUACGGUCGACGGGGUGAUAAGUCCGACUGGGGUUAGGGGUGUAAAAGACUUAUUACCGGCUAGGGUGUUCACUACGUCGUGGUCGCUAGAUUUGGGAUGGGGUGGAGUCAUGUUGUGCGUGAUGACGUCGGUAUUGUGGAUAUUAUUAUCUAAAAUUAUGAGAUUCAAUCCUAUAUCCAGUAUGAUCAAUUAAAUACAUUCUUCUAACCAUAAAAACGGUCAAUAAUUUAGUUUGUUUACAGUGAUCCUUUUAAAGAAUCCACUAAUUUCAUAAUUGAGGUUAGAAAUGCAUUAUCUCAAUCUACGGGAACAAUUCAAUCAUCAAAAAUUUAUUUUUGUUAUAAUUAUCGAUUACGGUACCACUUUUCAGACGAUAAAUUAUAUAAUAGAAUAGUAAAUUCGCGAUAAUCAUCAAUUAAUUCGUCAAAAUCGAUUUUUUUAAAUCAUUUUUACUAAUUUUCCAACACAUCGGUACUUAAUUUUUCGUUAUUCACUUCUCCCAACGAAAACAAAACAUUUUUUCCUACAUUUCAUAUAUAUUAACAAUUCUAGUGCAAAUUACUAUUAAAUAUCAUAAAAUAAUGAUGAAAUUAUCGUCUACACCUGGUACAUAACUAGUUAAUAAAGAAUACUUUUGCUACCAUAAUAACGUCAUUAUUUAAAACAUGUUUGUAUAUUAUUUACUCGAAAAAAAAAACCUUUUUCAAGUGAUAUUUGGAAAAGCACUGGAUAGAAAUAUAUUUAGAAAUCAUGAAAAUAUAUAUGAAUUUUGCCUAUAUAUGUCUGUCACUGAUUUCAAACAUUUAAGUAUAUCAAAUCAACGUAAAAAAACACAAAAACGCACAAAAAAGAUGAAAUAUUGGUUCCGAAUUAUGGAAUAUUCAUGUAAAGAGGAAUAGUACAUCUAAAAUUGCAAUUAAAUAGGUUUGGAUAAUGUUGAAUUGACGAAUUUGAAAAAAAUUUUUAAAACGUUAAAAUAGAACGAAGAGUAUAUAACAAUAUAUAAAUAUAAGUGCAAAAUGCCUUGAAUACAGCCUCAAUUUUUUUUAUAGUGUUAAAGAUAAUAAAUUCUUGUUUUUAUAUGCUUAUUUAUGCAUCAAAGCUUGCUUUUUUGCAUCUUGUAUUAUAUUCUUGCAAUAAACUGUUGAUUUAACUACUGUUUUUUAUUU